UUGCGGCGGGGGCGGUGCAGGCGGGCGGCGCUGAGGGCGGAGGCGGCGGCGGCCGGAGCGGGGCCGGGCCGGGCUGGGCCGGCGCGAAAUGGCGGACAGGUUCUCCCGCUUCAACGAGGACAGGGACUUCCAGGGCAAUCACUUUGAUCAGUAUGAGGAGGGGCACCUGGAGAUCGAGCAGGCGUCUCUCGACAAGCCCAUCGAAUCGGAUAAUAUUGGACAUCGCUUACUCCAGAAACAUGGCUGGAAGCUGGGCCAGGGAUUGGGAAAGUCACUGCAGGGGAGGACAGAUCCCAUCCCUAUCGUUGUCAAGUAUGAUGUCAUGGGCAUGGGCCGGAUGGAGAUGGAGCUGGACUACGCCGAGGAUGCCACGGAGCGGAGGCGAGUGCUGGAGGUGGAGAAGGAGGACACUGAGGAGCUGAGGCAGAAGUACAAGGAUUAUGUUGACAAAGAAAAGGCCAUUGCCAAGGCUUUGGAAGACCUCAGAGCAAACUUCUACUGUGAACUCUGUGACAAGCAGUAUCAGAAGCACCAGGAGUUUGACAACCACAUCAACUCCUAUGACCAUGCCCACAAGCAGGAAGGAACUCGGGAUUAUUGCCCCACAGGGAUGAUAGCUGAUGUAUUGAAAGCAAACCCUUCUAAUUUGGGAGUCCAGAUCACAAGAAGGUUGAAAGAUCUCAAGCAAAGGGAAUUUGCUCGCAAUGUGUCGUCGAGAUCCCGGAAGGAUGAGAGGAAGCAGGAGAAGGCCCUGCGGCGCCUGCACGAGCUGGCGGAGCAGAGGAGGCAGCCUGAGUGUGCUCCUGGAAGUGGGCCCAUGUUCAGGACCACCACGGUGGCUGUGGAUGAGGAAGGUGGAGAUGACGAUGACUCCGCAGCCAACAGCGGCUCCUUCGUCCAGACCAGCUCCGGCCAGGGCACAGAGAUGACCACGGACAGAGGCUUCCUGAGCACUGGGCAAGGCACUGUGGGGCCAGGCCAGGCAUCACAGGGGGCACAGGCCAUCAGCUUUGGCAUUAAGGGCUCCCUGGGAACGCCCCUGCAGAAGAUUGGGGUGUCCUUUUCCUUUGCCAAGAAGACCCCAGUGAAGCUGGAGACCAUUGCUUCUGUUUUCAAGGACCACGUGGACGAGUCCAGUUCUGGAGAUGGGGCAAAAGGUGAUGAGAGGGGUUCCUCAGAGGGUGGCAGCCUGCAGAAGUCUGGGGAGGGUGAUGGCACCAAUAAUUCUGAUGGCAAGGGGGAGGACGAUGACCAGCAUGACAAGGACAGCGGGGCUCUGGCCAGCACCUUAUCCAAACUGAAGAAGAUGAGGCGAGAAGAUGGACCAACAGCUGUGGAACCAGAAUAUUACCACUACAUCCCCCCAGCCCACUGUAAAGUAAAGCCCAACUUUCAAUUCCUGCUUUUCAUGAAGGCUACUGAGCAAACGGAAGCGGAAAAUGCGAACAAAAAAAACGCGCACGAAGCGAAAAAGGGGAGCUCCCCCAAACCCAAACCCAGCAAGCACACGGAAAAGGCUGCCGAGAGCACGGGGCAGCAGAAGGAGCAGAGUACUACUGAAACUGCAGCCCAGCAGGGCAAAACAGAACGAAAAGACAUCCCAGAGAAUGAAAACACACAGGAGAGCAAGCACCUUCCAGAGAGCAAUCCCCCCGAGCCAGACACUGCUAAAGAAGCUCCUCCUCCUGCCUCGGGCUGCAGAGAUGGCUCUGAGGGACCAAAGCACCCCACAGGACCUUUUUUCCCUGUUCUGAGUAAGGAUGAGAGCACAACACUGCAGUGGCCUUCAGAGCUGCUCAUCUUCACCAAAGCUGAGCCCUCUGUGUCCUACAGCUGCAACCCCCUGUACUUCGACUUCAAGCUCUCCCGUAACAAGGAUGCGAAAGGGAAAGGGGCAGAGAAAUCCAAGGAUCCAGGGGGGCUUUGUAAGGACAACACUCAGAGCACAGAACCUGGUGAGGUGAGCAAAGCCAAGGAGGCUGAAAAUGUAGAUAACAGUUCUGCUCAAAAAAUGGAAAACAAAUCCCAGAGCAAGCAGGAGUCCGGUCUGGGGAGCAUUGGUAAGGGAGAGGGGGAGGACGGCAGUAAGAGUGUAACGGGGAAGAGUAAAUCUGGAAGGUCCCAUAAACACAAAAAGAAAAAGAAGCACAAAAAGUCCAGCAGACACAAACGCAAACACAAGGAGGAAGCUGAGGAGAAGGCCCGGAAAGCUGAGCUGGGGGAAGAGAAACCCAAGAAACGGAAAAGGCACAGGCACAAAAAAGGUAAAUCCUCCCUUUCAACGGAGUCAGACCGGGCACUGAAACCUGAACUGUCUGAAGACUGCAGCCAUUUCCAGAAGAAAAAGCGAUGCUCCCAGGAGUCCCAGAGGAAAUCCCUGUCUGCCGAGGAGGGAAGCAGCACUAAAAAAGAGGACGGGGGUAACUCCUGCCAAGAGCACGGCAGCAAAAGGCACAAGGCUGAGCUGCAGCAGGUGCCUGGAGCGAGGCGGCGCUGCCCGGCUCUGUCCCAGCCCCGGGGCGGCUGCCGGAGCCGGCAGAGCAGCGGUGACGACGACAGCGACGAGGGCUCCCCUGGCAAGCACUGCCACCAGAAGUCCCCGUCGCAGUACAGCGAUGAUGACUACGAGUCGGGCAGCGAGCACUCGCGCAGCCGCUCCCGCUCGGGCCGCAGGCGCUCCUCACACAGGUCCUACUCCAGCAGCUCGGAGGCCUCCUCGGGGCACAGCCGCUACAGCCGCCACAGGAGCUACUCAGACGACAGCUACAGCGACUACAGCGACCGCUCCCGCUGCCACUCCAAGCGCUCCCAGGACUCCGAGGACGACUCCGACUACAACGGCUCCAACCACCGCUCCAAGCGGCGCAAGUACUCCUCGUCGGAAGAUGACUACAGCUCGAGCAGGAGCAGGUCCAGGAGUCGGAGCAGGAGCCGAAGCCACCCCCGGGGCAGGUCGAGAUCGAGGAGCCGGGGCAGGAGCCGCAGCAGCAGCUGCAGCCGCAGCCGGAGCAAGAGGAGGAGCCGCAGCGGGACCGGGCGCAGCUGGAAGCGCAGCCGCAGCUACAGCCGGGACCGCAGCCGCAGCACCCGCAGCCACUCGCAGCGCUCCCUGUCACGGAAGGGCUCGCGGGGCCACGAGAGCCCCGAGGAGAGAAGGUCUGGCAGAAGGGACUUCAUUCGCUCCAAGAUCUAUCGCUCGCAGUCUCCUCACUAUUUCCGGACAGGCCGAGGUGAGGGGACACUGCCCAAGAAGGAGGAUGGCAAAGGAGAGGAUCUGAAAGGAUCUGGCUCCCUGUCCCAGAACAGCAGCGGCUCUGGCGUGGGACGGGCCUCGGAAGGGGACUGCAGUCCUGAGGAGAGGAACUCCGUCACUGCAAAGCUGCUCUUGGAAAAGGUGCAGUCCAGGAAGGUUGAGAAGAAGCCCUGCGUGACUGAUGAGAUGCUGUCAGGGGCAAACAAAGUGGGCAUAAAGCUCAAAGAUCCUCCCCAGGGCUACUUUGGCCCCAAACUGCCUCCUUCCUUAGGCAACAAACCGGUUCUGCCCUUAAUUGGGAAGUUGCCAACCAUUCGGAAACCAAACUCCAAAAGAUACGAGGAGUCUGGCUUGGAGAGGGGCGAGGAGCAGGAGCUGUCAGAUGCUGAGGAUGGUUCCCAAGGCAUGGAGGAGGGUCAGCUGGCCGGCCAGUCUCUCCUGGAAGAUGUGGUGAUGGUAAUUCAGGACAAGCCUCUGGAUGAGCAGAAACGUGAUGAAGCCUCUGUGGAGAUGCCAUCCCUUCCCCUGGACACGCCGGCGCUCCCCGAGUGCUUUGGCUCCGGAGAUCUGGUCAUGCCACACAACUUCCUCUCGGAUCCCAGCGACGGUGAUGGGCUGGAGCCUAUGGAUGGGGGCAACCAGCCAGUCCCAGUGGAAACCAGUAUGAUGCCCUUAGUUCCAGAUGUUGAGCACUUUCCUGGCUACGUGCCUCAGAGCGGGGAGCCGAGCAUGGAAGGAGAUCGGGAGGGGGGAGAAGAUUCCUCCCUAGCCCCGCUGGAGAGCCAGCCCAUCACCUUCACGCCCGAGGAGAUGGAGAAGUACAGCAAGCUGCAGCAGGCUGCCCAGCAGCACAUCCAGCAGCAGCUGCUGGCCAAGCAAGUGAAGGCUUUCCCCACCUCGGCCGCCCUGGCUCCGGCUGCCCCUGCCCUCCAGCCCAUCCACAUCCAGCAGCCGGCAGCAGCCUCGGCCACGUCCAUCACCACGGUGCAGCACGCCAUCCUGCAGCACCACGCUGCUGCCGCCGCCGCCGCCAUCGGCAUCCACCCCCAUCCCCACCCACAGCCCCUCGCUCAGGUCCACCACAUCCCCCAGCCUCACCUGACACCCAUCUCCCUGUCCCACCUGACCCACUCCAUUAUUCCAGGCCACCCUGCCACGUUCCUGGCCAGCCACCCCAUCCACAUCAUUCCGGCGUCCGCCAUCCACCCCGGCCCCUUCACCUUCCACCCCGUCCCUCACGCUCUGUACCCGACCCUCCUGGCUCCCAGGCCAGCAGCUGCUGCUGCUGCCACAGCCCUGCACCUCCACCCCCUGCUGCACCCCAUUUUCUCAGGACAGGACUUGCAGCAUCCACCCAGCCACGGCACAUGAAGGACACAAUGAAGGAACCUCGGAGGAAGGAGAAUAUUUGGCGUUUUGGGAAGGGGUUGGAGUCGAGCCAGCGGGCAGGUGAGGCCUGAGCAUUUCCUUUCACUCUUGAGCAGCCAAAGAAGCCGGGGGCUCCAGGGCUGGGCAGGUGGCUGCACCCCAGGGAAGUCUCACUCCAGCUCCUCCGUGCACGCAGCAGCAGCGCUCCAGAGGAACCAUUUCACCUUUACAACAGCGAGACACUUGGAAAGGCUUUUUUUCCCCCCUGGAUUCUUACACUUGGUCAUCUUCCUUCUGCCACCGUGUAUAUGAUAAAUGAGGUUUCAUCCACACUAAUAGGAUCUCUAAAAAUCCUUUUAAUGAGGUCAUCUAAUGAAAACAGCAUGAUUGAACCCGGCUUGUAAUCGGUCAUGGAACAUCGGGCGCUGCCGGCUGUGGAGGGGCUGGAGGCCUCAGCUUUCAGCAUUGCAGGAGGUUCCUUGGCCCCUCUCUCUGCACAUGUGGGUUUUUCUUGGUGUGAGCAGCAAAGGUGGAAGUAAGAUCUUAGUGUAAAGAGGAGGAGGAGCUCUGUGUGUGUGCCCAGAGCUCCCUUCCUUCCCCAUCCUGCAUCCACGUUCUCCUGCGCCAGGACCGUGCCUGGAUGUCCCAGACUGGAGAGAGGCUCUGGGGUUGGGAUUCCAGUCUGGGCUUUGACCACUCUUCUCCUGAAAGGGGGAAAAAAAUCACUUUGAAUUCCAUCUUCUGUGGGGUUGGAAAGAGGCACUGGGAUGGGAGAGAGAAGGCAAAUCCUUUAGGAAUUGAAGCAAUACAGAGGACGGGGGAGCGCGGCCUGGAUGUAAAACGUGUUCUUUCCUCUGUAACACUGAUGGUUUCUUUAUUAAUUUAUAGGAUUUUUUUUUUAAUGUAAAGAAUUGCACUGAACUCUGUAAACAAAGAUGCUGCUUUUUGUAGCUCCUAUCAAAGGUUACAUUUGUAGUAUAUCGCAAUAAUAUUUUUUACAGCCAGUUCUUAGUGGUACUUGUUCUGGUGGCUUCUGUGUAAAUAUGUUUGCUGUAGGUGACCCAAGACACUUGUAAAGGUUCAAUUUAUAGUUUCAGCUAGAUGCAGAACAGCUAAGCAUGUAUAUUUUAUCAAGCUCAUGUAUUUUUGAAGUUUUUAUGUAGUAUAAAAUGUAAAAACAAACAAAAAAAGAAUCUUAAUUUAGAAUUUUGCAGAAGAAGAAAAAAUCAACAGGUGAGACUUGGGCAAGGUGAGGGUUUGGGGGUAGCAGUGACUCUGGCAGGUUCUGUGUUCCUCCCUGCCAUAGGAAUGGGCACUGGAGCAGCCUGGGGAGCAGCAGGAAUCCAGGGUGCUCCCAGAGAACAGGAGCCCUUUUUUCCUUUCCUUUUCCCCCUCUUUGGAAGCAGUAACGUGGAGCCUUGGAACUGCUCCCAGCCCACACAGAGGGUUACCCCAGCUUAGCCCAUAAGGGAUUUCCCAGUUCUCCCAGCAUCACCCAGCUCGGGUGACACUGCAGGUGUCACAGCCCUUGGGCCGCCACGGCUGGAGGGAGGGAUUUCAGAGCAGUGUGGGGAUGUGGUGACAUCCCUGUCCCAUUCCCCAUCCUCAUCCUCUUCCCUGUCCCCUCCUGGAGUGCAGCACGAGGCCAGGCAGAGUCAAAGGAUCAAACCCCCCUGAGCUCCCUCACCGUGUAAAUGAGAAUUGGAGCAGGUCAGAGUGACAGCAGUCACAAAAAAGGGACUCAAUUUCCUGUAAAUACCAGACAAUUCAGUGUUACUGUCAGAGCUGAGCUUCAUAGGGCCCAUCUGUGCCCUGGCCCCACUGCACUGUGGGCAGGGAUUGUUUUUGGACUUCAGGAUAGCGCUAAAAUAAUUAACCUGUCAUUACUUACAAGCAUAAACAGACUGUAUUUAACUUUGUCACAUAAGAUAUAUAUAUAAAUAUAUAUAUAUGCUGUAAAAUGAGGGAAAAAAACCUUUCUAAUAAACCAAUGAUUUGUGGAAAAAGAAA